UUUAGUUACUACAGCCAGAUGUAACAUUGACCUUAAAUGGUAAAAGCUCCCAAGAGUGAAAGAGAGGCUGGCCCGAGGGGAAAGAGAGGAAUAACUGAAGUUUUAGGAAGCUCCUGCCUACAGCAUUCCAGCCAUCAGCCUGCUGAAUAUUCAUUAUCCUUUCUUCACCUGUGCUGCAAGGCACUAUGCUGACCAUGAGAAUUCCAGACCUUGAGUUCCUCUGAUAGGUGCACAAGGCUCGUGCAUACUGAGAUUGUAGAUCUUCACCCACAUCCUCUCUGCCUGUGACAUCCUGCAGAUCACGAGGCCUCCCAGCGCUUAUGCCUUCAGGCUAACUUGAAACAGAUACUGCCAGCAGUGCAUGGUCCUCUUAGUCCACAUUGCAGCUCCACGUGCUUCACACUGCCCACCAUGCCAACCUUACCUGAAGAGAAGGGACAAGCAAAAGAGGCCCAGCACAACAGUUCUCCUCCAGCCAAAGACACGACUGUUGAAGGGACCACACGCAGCACACCUUCUAUUGUUCUUCCAGAGAAUGCCAUUACGCCAGAUGUAGAAAUUGAUAAAAAUCUGGUUAACAGGCCUCGGAGUCCUCAUAGGAGACAUUCUAACCGUGCCACCAGAAAUUCAACAAGUUCAUUGACUUCUGUUGACAAUAAUGGUCAUGUGAUUGAUCUGGUGAAUGAUCCACUACCAGAUGUCAAAAUAUCAGAGGAAGACAAAAAGAAGAACCUCGAAUUGUUAGAAGAAGCAAAGAAAGUGAGUGAGAGGUUCUUAGCACGCCGAGGCAGAAAGUCAAGAAGCAGCCUCCCAGAAUCACCCACAGGGUCUGAUGCAUGCACAACCACUAGUAUUGAUUCAGUAUCUCCAGGGCAGAAUAACAGAAUUGUGAAAGAAGAUGACAGGCAAACUGCAGAGAAUGCUGCAAAAGGAUUAAUUGAUCGAAAGCAGAAUGAUCAAAGAAAGAUUUCUCAGGGAAGGUUGGUUCCUCGUUCUGCUGGUUUUGAAAACUCCAAAGACAAGCUCUCAGACCAAAAGGAAAACUUUGAUCCACGUAAACAUAUGGAUACUUUACCUAAAUUCUCCCCUACAGCUGGUGAUGGUGGCAGAAUGUCUCUUAAUACUUGCAUGAAUGUUUGUGAAAAUGAACUUGGAAAAUCAUUUCUCCAGAAAGGGAAAGAAAAUGAUGCUCCUUUAAGAACCCAUCUACCAGGAUCAGGAAUAGGAAAUAUGGACUCAAAGCUAAAAAUUCCUGUUCCAGAAAUGAGGGACCAUAAAGUUCCAUGUAAACCAGAAUUUAAACUGUGUGGACUGCGUCCUCCUCUAUUACGAGCUGUGUCCUGGGAUAGCUUGGAGCCCGGACAGAAAGAGAAAUCCCCUUUAAAAUUACCAUCUGAGGAAGAUAAAAACUUUGUUGGUAAUAAAUCCAGCAAUCAGUUAAAAGCAUUCAAAGACCUUCAAAUCCAAGUUCAGCCAGUUCGAAUGCAGAAGCUGACAAAGCUCAGAGAGGAGCAUAUUUUGAUGAGAAAUCAAAAUUUAGUUGGACUUAAACUUCCUGAACUUAGUGAAGCAGCAGAACAGGAAAAAGGCCCUUCACCUCUUCCUUCCCCUACUGAAGAGGAAGAGACAAAAAACAGCUCUGAUGUCAUGCCCAGCAUUCCUGAUGUAUUGCUGCGAAAACUGCGAGUGCACAGAUCACUUCCAGGAAGCUCCCCACCACUCACUGAAAAAGAAGUUGAGAAUGUAUUUGUACAACUCUCCUUGGCCUUUAGAAAUGAUAGUUAUACAUUGGAAUCUAGAAUUCAGCAGGCAGAGAGAGAGAGAAAUCUUACUGAAGAGAAUGCUGAGAAGGAACUGGAAAACUUUAAAGCAGCCAUUACGUCUUCAGCUCACCUGUGGCACCACUAUGAGCACAGGGAAGCCUACCAGAAGCUUCUGGAGGACAUCGCGGUGCUGCGGCGUUUGGCUGCCAGGCUCUCGAGCCGAGCCGAGAUGGUCGGAGCCGUUCGCCAGGAAAAGCGUAUGUCAAAGGCAACAGAAGUAAUGAUGCAGUAUGUGGAAAAUCUGAAAAGAACAUAUGAAAAGGAUCAUGCUGAACUGAUGGAGUUCAAGAAACUUGCCAAUCAGAAUUCCAGCAGAAGCUAUGGUGCAUCUGAAGAUGGGGUUCCUCGUUCAUCUAGAUCCAUGUCUCUCACUGUUGGAAAGAAUAUGCCUCGGAGGAGAGUCAGUGUUGCGGUUGUUCCUAAAUUUAACUCUUUGAACAUUCCUGGUCAGUCACCCACAGCUUCACCUAUACCUUCAAUGCCAUCCCUGUCUGAAUCACCCAGUAAUGGAAGGAGCAACCUAACAUCUACUCCUGCUCUGGCAGCACUUCUAGAAAAUGGGAAGUCAAGUGGAGAGCCUGACUGUGAAACUUCAACUUCUGUGCUGACACAGAGUGGGUUGGAAGAGAUCAGUCCUGAAACUAAAGCCAAGAUAGAAGAGGAAGCCUAUAACAAGGGAUAUCAGGAAGCCUUGAAGAAAACCAAAGAACUUCAGGAACUGAAGGAAGAAGAUGAAGAGACACCCAAAGAAAGUCACGAUGAACAUGAAGAAAGUGAAAAUGAAGAUGAAAUAAAAAACCUGAAAAGCAGCAGACUUGAAGUCAUCAUUAAUUAUUUAUAUAUCCUGUACCCCAAACUGUGCAAACACUGGAAUGUGAUGUGGCUUGUAGUGGCUGCAAUAGUCAUUUUUGCUGUGGUGUUGGGGAUCUACCAUUCCUACAACUCCUGUGAUGAAAAGUCAGAGGCACCUGAAGGGAAGGCCAGCUGUUCUGCAGCCCAUCAGUAUUCCUGGUGGAACUCAGGACUCCGACAGGAGCAACGCACGGAAUAACAGAGGAACAACCACGCCCUCAUGGUCCCUGAGCAAGUUUGUGUAUCAGAGCACUGUUGUUAAAGGUAGUGUUUAGUCAUCCCUGUGGCUGUUCCACGUGAUCCCUUAGGCAAGGGAGUUACUUCACACCACCAGCUUUGGGAUACGUGGUGAGCAUCCCUUGCCAAAAUGCCAAUCUGAUAAAUAAUCCUGUCUGUCCUCUUAUUGUAAAGGACUCAUACAAAUAAAGUAGUGUUGAAUCAUGGUAAGGUUGUGGCAGUAAUCAGCAACCUGCAAGACAUUUAAAAAAAUUAUUUGCACAGGAUAUUGACAUUUUGAAGACCAUUAUAAAAUCUGCAUUUGCAGUUAGUGCUUUACUUUGCAUUUCCUGAAUUUAUUGUUGAUUGUUGAAGUACUAAUUGCAUUUAAGUCCUUUGGGUUUUAAGUGUCUAAUUAAUUUCUUUAUUCAUGACUAUUCGGUAGAAAUAGAAACACUUCCUUGGAAGAAUAGAAUUAUAUUCUAAGACCAAAUGCCUUGCUGCUAAAGUAAUUUUAUAAGAGGAAUUAUCUAUAUGAUUAUUUAAAUGGAAUGCUAAGUACAUGCAUAGAUGUGUUUUAUGAUAUACAUUAAGAAUGGGACCGCCACUCUUUUUAAAAUGGGAUACUCAACAGAACCUAAAAUGGGGUCUAGGUGGCACAGCUGAUAUCAUCCAGUAAGUCUGGGAACUUCUGAUAUAUGAAAGUUCCCAAAAAUUUAUGUAUGCUACUCAGAGUCAGUACUGGUUACAGCCAAAACUGGUAGCUGCCUGGAAGGGUCCAUGUGCUACCCAAGCCCAAAACACAGCAAUCUUGGGCAUGGAAAGCAAUCUUCAAUUCUAUAUUGAAAAAGAAAACAAAAGCUCUUCAAGCCUCUGUAUAGAGGUGACUCUGCCCUCCUGCUACCACUGGAAAUAGGAAUUCUUUCUGCAGCAGGAACAGAGUUCUGAGGGCAGCCAGAACCCACCCAGUGCCUACAUGAACCAGGCCAUGGUAGCAGUGAGGGCUUAGGAGAGCUCACUGCAUGUUUUCAGUAGUUCAUUUUCAGAAUCUGAUGCCAAGACCAAAACUGAUUUGAUAUACUUCCAAAGCUGAGCUACCACAUCAGGCUAGAAUAAUUUUUUGCACGGAUUUUUUGCCAGUUCUGCCUAUUUGGGAGUUUGUCAGUUCUGACACAAGAAUGCAAAAGCUGAAAUUUUUGGACAAGCAGUUUGAAAAUGGUGAAGCCAUUACCUGUACAAAACCCAGCACCUAGGGCUGAGACCAAAAUGUGUGUCACUGGAGCUGUGCCAUUUGUACCUGCUGAACGUCUCUUCUGAAUGAAGGUGAACCAUAUUUUUCUUUCCAAAGCUACAGCCACAACAAAAGCCACAGCAAAUCCAGUGUGACACUCCAUUGCACUCCUGUCCUGCAUUCUCCUAGCAUUUUCUGAUUGAGAAAUGGGUCUGUUUUCCAACAGAAGGAUAAGAGUGUUAUGAAGUACUGUAAUUUCAGUUCCGAUGCAGUCAAUAUUGUCCUGUCCUCUUUUGGAGGAAACACUGAACCUCAAGCUAACUGUCAAAGAAAACAGGUUUCUAACUCAGUCAGAAAUUUAAUUCACAUAUCUGGCACUAGUGACGAGUAUCCUGCUGGUGAAUUUUUGUUUGCCACGUGUUUCUUAGAAGAC